AUGGACAGUUGCGGAAAUGACUUAGCAAGGCCGUGGAAGCUUGAGGUUCGCUCGUCGAAGAAGUUUGUGAUUUGGGUGGUUUCGGUUGGGGUUUUUACGGAUGUUUUUAUAUAUGGCAUGGUCGUUCCUAUUUUGCCGGUCGUACUGGAGGCGCGCAUUGGGAUUCCGGAUGAGCAAUUACAAGCAUGGAUGUCUAUCCUCCUCGCAGCAUUCGGCUGUGCCAUCUUCAUCGGCUCCCCGAUCUCCGGCUACUUCGCCGACAAAGGCACAUCCCGCAAAUCCCCUUUCAUAAUCGGCCUGCUGUCCCUCGCCGGCUCAACAGUGAUGUUCUGGUUUGCGCGGACCAUCGUAUCCCUAGUCAUCGCACGGGUCUUGCAGGGCUUAUCUGCCGCGGUGGUGUGGACGGUGGGACUUGCGCUUGUUGUUGAUACGGUGGGGAAGGAGCAGGUUGGGGGUGCUAUGGGGUGGGUUAGUAUGGGGAUGACGGUGGGGACGGUAUUUGGGCCGUUUAUGGGAGGGAUUCUGUUGUCUUGGGCUGGUUAUCAUGCUGUGUUUGCGGUUGCGAUCGCAUUGGUUGGGAUUGAUAUUCUGCUGAGAUUGGUCAUGAUUGAGCAGAGAAGCGCGAGGAAAUGGAUUCAACCACAGAUAGUGGCAGAGACGGACGCAUUAAUUGGCGCUGCCUCCCAUUACGAGUCUUUUGAGGAUGAUGCUUCAUCGCCAUCUGCGUCUUGCGAGGAUCAUAUCAGAGAUGAUGGUGAGCCUGUGGAUGCGAAGUCAUCACCGUUACCGGGAAUAGUGCGGUUGGUGAGUUCCGGUAAUAUGCUGCUCGUCUUCGCAGCGACAGUCGUGAAUGCCAGUCUCUAUGCGUCUUUUGACUCGGUCCUCCCCCUCCAUAUCAUGAGAACAUUCGACUGGGGUCCUCAAGGCGUCGGACUCUGCUUCCUUCCUCUAUUCACACCAUCUUUCCUUUCAGCAGUGAUAGGCGACACCGUUGACCGCUACGGCGCCCGAACGAUCGCCGUCCUAGGCUUCCUCAUAAGCUUUCCCAUUUUCGUCCUUCUACGAAUGAUUACCACAAACAGCACCCACGACAAAGUCCUCCUACUCAUCGCCCUCUUCUUCGCCGGUCUUGCUCAUGUCCUGCAAAUGGUGUCUCUCAUGGUUGCAGUGCACUAUAUCGUCGAGAGCAUUGAAAGCGAGCAACCCGGUUUGUUUGGACAUCAGGGCGGUACAGCUCAAGCAUAUGGGUUGUAUAAUGUAGCUUGGUCCGGUGGACAGGUGCUAGGACCAUUGCUUGCUGGUUUCUUGGUCGAGAACAACGGAUGGCAGACGAUGGUUAUUGUGUUUGGGGCUAUGAGCGGGGUGACUGCUAUGGUCUUUCUGGGGGCGUAUGGGUGA